ACUUUUGGCUAGCUGUCAAAAGAUUAUUGAAAAUUUUUCACUUCUUGUGAACCAGACCACAGAAAUCGUCUCCUCGCAAAACUCUCGGUAGUGGCUACUGGUGCGUUCCGUGAUUUUGGAAAAAAAUAAAAGUGUUAUCGUCAUCGCGUUCGCGUACAGAAUAUUCAGAUGAAUAAAUUAAAUAAUUAAAAGAUAUCAAUAGAAAAUCAGUGUCCACGGAGGAAAGCGAGAAAAAAUUCUAUGGAAAAUAGAACGACGACGUAAUCGGAAAGCAAAGUGAUUGUGAGGAAGAAAUAAAGUUCUAUGUCGGAUAUCCAAAGUGAGUGAACGGACACAGAGAGCAGGAGAAAAAGAAUUUAUCGGCAGCAGAAGCUAUAACAAAAAUCAAGGAAAAGUGGAGCAGCAAAGUGGAUCAUUUUUAGAGCGUUGUGUGGAGCAGUGCCAGCAAACGAAGCAACCAGCCAGCAGAAGCUAGCCUUUGGAUUUGUUCCGAGACUAGCGACCAGCACCAGAUUCCGCCGCCGGUCGUUUCCUUCUGGAUCCAGACAGACGACUCAGCAAACGACGCCGCCGAAGACGACGCCACAUCGCUACUCAUCUUUUUCAUGAAAUCGGGUCGAUAAUCGUCAAGAUGGAGUGCAAAUUGAUUUCAAGAUAUUCGCCACUACUCGUGCUAUUCUUAGCAUCACUAGUUAAUGCACAAACAGGUCGCAAACGCGACAUAAACAAUCUCUACCAAGUGAUCUACUACGGUGACUCCCAGGUCGAGGUCGGGAAACCAUUUCUGAUAUCGUGCAUUGCCUCGAUCACCGAUCCGAUCGAGUGGCUCAAGGACGGCGAACCGAUCCGGAAGCACAGCCAGAUACGGCACGGCAAGGACGAACACUCGUACAUCGAAAGCGAGAUGGGAAUCGCAGGCAUGCGAGAUAAAAUCGAAGCCUCGAUUAGCGUACAACGUGCCCUACCGAAACACCAAGGUCGCUAUCAAUGCAAUUCUUUGUACAAAAACUAUCACAUGCUGUAUGUUCAUCGAAAUGUUUCAUCCAGCGGCAGUGGAGCUAGCAGUCACGAAAGAACUUCAGGUCACCGUUCCAGUGACCAGUCUCUGGCCAAACUAGAUGAGCCCCUGGUUGGACCGCUUCUCCUGACAACGAUUAAACCAACAUUGAUUACCUCAAUCGCUAGCUCCUAUCACCAACUGACAACGCCAGGAACGUUGGUUUCUCUCAAUGCUCAUCCCAUUCCCAUCGAAUCCGACCAACAACAGCAGUCUCAACAUUCUCAGCCGCACCAUCAUCAGCAGCAAUCGCAUCACCACCACGGUAUGAACGAUAAAUCUGGUAAACCAGAUGGCAAACAACAGGUUCAACACACUUUCAAGACAAACUCUGAGCGAAUCAUAAACAAAAACGAAGAACAAUCUGCCCCAAAGGAUAUUCAAACUCUGCCAGACGAAAGACGGUAUGACAUGAGUGACCCGCUGCUGGGAGGCAACGUUAAUAAGGACAUCAAAGACGAUGAAUACACAGAUACCACGGGAACAAACGGUAACAGUAAUGAAGAUAUUUCCGAUAAAGAGGACAAUUCUGGUAAUGGCAUUGUUGUUCUCGGUGAAGACAGAUAUACGCCGUCGGGAGUAACCAGUCCUCUCGAUGCUGGCGCGGAUGUAGACGAAGAGUUAAUCACAAGUGUUGAUAAUCCCCAAAUGAAGCCCGGAAACGAUGGCGCUACCGUUUCCGAAGAUGCCAGCUCUCAAGAACUAGAUUCCAUUGUAAUAGAAAAAGAUGUAUCCAUCGAAGAUGGUAUCGACAAAUUAAUAGUAAACAAAAGUGAAAUUGAUGGCAUUAUUCGGGUUGACAGCGACGAAGAUCCACCCAAGCAUCACACACAUCGAAAGUUGGAUCGUAUGCGAAAUGAAAACGCGCUAAUCCAUGCUCCGCUGGAUACUAUCCCGACCAGCUCAAGUACGGCCCUGAUGGUUGUUCCUACCACUGUCUUUGCCAUAAGCACUAUCGUCUUUCCUUCAACUACAAUCUCCACCACCGCCGCAACAAAGACGACCAGCAAACAACACGGGCACGGUGCCGAAGGACAUCACCAUCAUCAUCACCGUGAUAACGAGCAGCAACACGCGACAGUCGCGGAUGUUCUGCAUCCCAAUUACGAUGACCCCAGCUCUAGAUUAAAAUAUUACGACAUCGCGAAAGCACUGACGCUCGGUUGUAAUAUUACGAAAGACGGAGAUUAUGAAUUAAGUUGGUCAAAAGACGGCCAAAACGUGAGCGAAAUCGAGUCGCUUCGGGAUCGCUUCAAAAUAAUCAAGGCAGAACGCAAGUUCGUCAUCAGCAGGGCACUCGAAUCCGAUGCCGGCUCGUACACGUGUAGCGUGCGGGAGCUGAAUGAGGCUAAAACAUUUAAUGUAAUAGCAAAUGUUAUUGUUAAAUUUGAAAGCACAGAAAUAGGAAAAACGAACAUGGUGGAAGGCGAACCACUUAACCUGCACUGUAUAGCGUUCGGAACGAAUCCCAAAAUUACCUGGACGAUUGGAAACACUACCUACAGCACGAGUACAGACCAUGUCGUGCUGCAAGAAGACGACAAAGGCGUAGAGAAUGCCCGACUUACGAUCAAGAGCGUCCUGCUCAGUGACUACACUGACUACACCUGCGAGGCUCGCAACAACGCCACAGAUAUCACGGGUAAACCAGCACAGGUCACGAUAACCGUUAGGAUUAGAGGAAAAUAUGCUGCGCUUUACGUUUUCUUGGGUAUCAUCGUCGAAGUUGUAGUAUUAUGUGCGAUUAUUUUAAUAUGUGAGAAACGACGCAACAAGACAGAAAUCGAUGAAAGCGAUACCGACCAGAGUCCAGAUCAACACAAGAAUGGUCACAACGGAAACUCCGAGUUACGCCAUAGAAAAAACUAAUACGAUGGGGUUGCCACUUGUCCUCACGUCCCCCUGUCCAUGUAGUUUAUUCACUCGUGCAAAUCAAAGACACACAUUUGAUUAGGAUGCUAGGAGCAGUCUUUUUUCUUAAACUAAUCUUACGAUUAAUCAGAACAGCCUGUACUAAUCCCCAGAUAAUAAAAAUACUAAGGAUAUUUUACCAUGAAUUACAACUCGUAGAUAUGACUACCACGACCAUUGAGUAAUUGGUGGACAUGUUGUAGUAAUUUGCGACUUUUCAAAAUUCUAAUUCUAAUAUCAAUUGAUUAGAACUUAGCUUAGCUAGAUUGUGUUACAUACACGAAACGUGUGCCUUCAGGUACCAUCUUAACAGACAUUGGAAAGAAUCUGUAUCUUGUUGAACAUCAGCACAUUUAGUCGAAUAGGUUUGGAGUCGUAUGCAUGAUGAACAAUUCUGUUGGAGCUGGAAGUUGUUGAUCGCAAAUGUUCUGAUACUCAAUUAAGAUUAUUUUACAAUUUAAAAACAAGGAAAUUAUAGUGUUGAUACAAUGUCAACUAAUAAAUUAUUGAAACCAAACCCGGACAUCCACUCAUUUGUAACAGAAUCCAGCAACUGCCAACUGACAGUGUAGAAACGUAAGCCAAUGUCACUUAAAUUUCAUCCUGCAUACAUCAAGGUAUUAUGAAAGGUCAGUUUAGCAUACGCGUGUUCCAGAUUUCUCAAUUCAGUUGAUAACAGUCCGAUAUAAUGUAUAAGUGUUUAAAAUUUCGUUACUAAUAAACUUUUGAACAAUUGGUAAGCGUUAUGUAGGUGAAUAAAAUAAUCCUUGUUUUA